AAAUAACCCCCAAACCCACAAAGGGCAAAACUCACAGAAAGCAACAACAACAACAAAUCGCACCAGCCAAGAAGAUCAAAAGAGGGUGAGAUAUUCUCAAAUAAUAACAAUAACGGAUAUGUUGUGUAUAAGAUCCAAACCGACUAACAGUCUUGUUUUGAAAAGGUCAUAUUUUCAUCUAUAUAAGUAUCGUCAAAUUGAAUAAUAAUACUUAAGAAUUCACUAAUAUAGAUGGCACGUUCAAACCAAAUAACCCCCAAACCCACAAAGGGCAAAACUCAACAACAACAAAUCGCACCAGCCAAGAAGAUCAAGAAAUCCACAAAGGGCAGAAAGCAACAACAACAAAUCGCACCAGCCAAGAAUGUGAAGGCUCGCAGAAAUCAACAACAACAAAUCGCACCAGCCAAGAAUGUGAAGGGUCGCAGAAAUCAACGGCAUCUCGCAUCAGCCAAGAAGGCAAAGGCUCCCAUCGACCAACCAGAUAUGAUUUCUGAUUUGUCGGAUUGUAUUCUGAUUCACAUAAUGUCUUUUUUGCAUGCAAAAGAGGCUGUUCAAACUUGUAUUUUGUCUAAAAGAUGGAUCAAUGUUUGGAAGAAACUCCCCACUCUCGUAUUCUAUUAUCCAUCAGAGAUUGAUGGAUUUUAUCAACAAUUUGUACCCAAGCUUUUGUCUCUUCGGGAUGACCGGACCGAUAUUCAUUCUCUCCAACUUUAUCCUCUUUUUACCAAAAAGAGAAGCAACAUAUUAGUGUCCCAGAUUGUAAAAUAUGUUUUUUCACACAAUGUCCAACACUUAUUAUUGAAGAUCACUUAUUUUAAACCUAAUUGUAUUUCCUUUUCAUGUCCUACAUUAAAGUCACUUGAACUUACUAGUGCCCAUUGUUCUUCGGGUGUGGAUAGUGUAUUUCCAAAUUCCCUUCAUUUUCCAGCAUUAGCCACCCUCUCUCUAACCCAUUUUACUUUUGCUCCCAAUGAAGAUGGUUGUGCUAAGCCAUUUUCCACAUUUAACAUGUUGAAUACUUUGAUCAUUCAUCAAUGUAAGGUCUUGCAUCAACGAAACCUAUGCAUCUCAAAUACCAAACUUGAAAAUUUAACCAUAGCUAUGUAUGACAAUAUUUUUGAUGGAUUCCAUUUCGAUAUAGAGUUAUAUGCUCCAAAUCUUAGUACCUUUUCUUUUAAAGGUAUUCACAUUUCAAAAGUUUUUGGCACCAAGAGCUUUUUCCCUUCUAUAAAACAGUUAAAAAUUAAUAUUAUGAAAAACUAUUCAACCCUACUCAAAUGGCUGGAUACUUUUAGUAUUAUUGAAUCAUUGACGGUUGAUACAGAUACUCUUCAGGGGCUCUUCUUCCGCGCUCAAAACACUAGUCGUUCUUAUUACGACCGUUUUUCUUGGUCAAGGUUCCCUUUCUCUUGGAACCCUAGUGAUCUUGGUGACUUUGCAACUGUCAUUCACCGUUCAACCGCCGUUGCAGAUCCGGACGGUUUCACUUUCAUUGUUGUUUUUUCAAGACAACCUUCAUUGUUGUACCUUUGUUUCUCGCUGUUUGCAACCCUUGAUUGUUUGGUUGUCAUCUUUGUUGGUGUUUCUCAUUGGCAGCCCUUCGAUCCUCUCCUAAUAGUAGAUCUCGAGACGGUUUGUUUCUCUUUAUGGACUCCUUAA